UUAUCAUAACGCGGAAAUUGCGAUGAAACUCUUUAUAACAAUUCAAAUUUUGUUGGUUAUUUCUUAUAGUUUUAUUCAGGUUUCUACAUCUGAAGUCAACGAAGAAUGUGUUACCGAAAUAAAUUGCGAACGCGCUCCGGAUGGAAAUCAACUUAAACGUCACCCAACGGAUUGUAGAAAAUCCUACAAAUGCGUUAACGGCGAAGCUAGAAUAUACAGCUGUGAAGCUAACAAAUAUUUCAUUGAUGAUUUACAAUCUUGUGAAGUUCCAGAGGAUACAACAUGUAAUGUGAUAUGCAUCGAAACUGAAACGCCAGAAAUUUCACCUGAAUCGAGACCAGAGAUUCACUGCGACAUGAAUGAAUAUUGCAAAUCCAACCCGACUGAAAAUCAUCUUAAACGCCAUCCAACUGACUGCACAAAAUCUUUUAGAUGCGCAAACGGUGAAGCAAGAAUAUACAGUUGUCCUUCUAAUCAACACUUCUAUGCUGAUAUCCAAGCUUGUGACGUUCCCAAAGAUGAAGAGUGCACCAUUCACGCGCUUGAAUGUACUCUUACUACCACUGAAGCUGAAAGUACCACCACUGUGAUUCAACCCGAAUCAAGACCAGAAGCUCACUGCGACAUGAAUGAAUAUUGUAAAUCCAACCCAACUGAAAAUUCUCUUAAACGCCAUCCAACUGACUGCACAAAAUCUUUUAGAUGCGCAAACGGUGAAGCAAGAAUAUACAGUUGUCCUUCUAAUCAACACUUCUAUGCUGAUAUCCAAGCUUGUGACGUUCCCAAAGAUGAAGAGUGCACCAUUGACGCGCUUGAAUGUACACUUACUACCACUGAAGCUGAAAUUGAAAGUACCACCGCUGCGAUUCAACCCGAAUCAAGACCAGAAAUUCACUGUGACAUGAAGAUAUAUUGUAAAAAUGGUCCCACUGAAACUACACUUAAACGCCAUCCAACUGACUGCACAAAAUCGUUUAGAUGCGCUAACGGUGAAGCAAGAAUAUAUAGUUGCCCUCCUAAUCAGCAUUUCUUCACUGAGUUGCAAAUUUGUGAUGUUCCCAAAACGGAACAGUGUGAAAUUGAAGCGAUUAAAUGUGGUAAUACUGCUACCGAAGCUCCUAUCGAGAUUACUACAAUUGAUAUUCAACCCACUCCGAAACCAGAGGAUCAAUGUAACAUUAAUAUGCAUUGUAAAUUUAGUCCCAACGAAGAUGGAUUUAGACGCCACCCAGCUGACUGCACCAAAUAUUAUAGAUGCGUAGACGGUUAUCCCAUUAUUUUCAGUUGUUCAAUGAAUCAACAAUUCUACACCGAUUCUCAAAUGUGUCAUAUUUCUAAUAAUCAAUGUAAUAUUAAUUGUGUACAUGAUACUACUGAAGUUGAAACUACAACUGUUAUUCAAACUACAACUUCAAUUCCAACUACAACUGUAAUUCCAACUACAACUUUAAUUCCAACUACAACUGUAAUCCCAACUACAACUGAAAGUCAAACCACAACUGAAUCUUCUGAUGAAGACCUUGAAUGUGAUAUUAGUAGAUGUCCAGAUAUUAGUUUCGAUGAAGUUGCUUAUUUACGACACAAAGAUUGCACAAAAUAUUGUUUGUGUCAUGGUUCACUCAUUUACACUUUAAGCUGUGGAGAUAUGUUGCAUUUCAAUUUGGAUUUGAAAACUUGCGAUUGGCCAAACAAUGCAGGUUGUGCGAAAUAAUGGUUAUAAUAACUUUAUAAAUAACGAACAAAAAGAUGGUUAAAUAAAUAUUGUUACGAUGUUA